CCUCUCCAAAGUUCCCACUCACCUCCCCACCUCCCCAACACCAAGCUCCUACAUUUAUUGAAGAAAAACAGCCUCAUUUUCAAAACUCAGCCGGGCAUAGCAAAAGAAGCAGACAGCAUUCUCACAGGGAGAACCCUGGAUCUGUAGCCUCUAGAUCAUGAAGAGGAUGGAGAGGCAUAUGGUCAGGGGACCCCUGCAUAAGCACUUCGAUCUGGAGAGGAAAAGCGCGAAGCAGGCUGAAGCCAGACUCAGCCAAAGCCUGCAGAGACUAGAAGACAUCUGCCUGUACCACGUGAAGUCCCUGACCAGGGAGCAGAGACAGCUCCAGAAAGAACUGCAGAGGCUGCAGCAAGAUAUCAUCAAGAAAAAGCUCUGCUCUUACUUUGGGAAUGGAAGUCAGAAGAGACCAGAAGAUGUUCUCACACUCUCAUCACAGGGAGGACAGAAGCACAGAGUUCUGCAGGCUAACAAAGCUAGCGCACUGACAACAAAUACAACUCAAGAAAUAUCCAAAACCAAGUCCCAGAUGCCUCCUUUCCAUCACAUUGGUCCCAAGGACCCCAUGAAAAGCAAAAGGCAGCCACUAUCUCAAAAUAACAGAACUUCCCACUUCAUAGAAGAGAAGCUGCAAGCCCAAGGGAAAGAUUCUAUAAACCCACCAAAAGGAAAAGGCUCCAACGAGAGCAUCUCUCUUCUCUGUCAAAAUCAAGACGUCUCCAUCCGCACUGUAGACGGAGGCCCCAGUUCCAGCCCAGCUGGUGGUAGUGAGCCAGUGCACGGUGAUGAGACCAGAUCAAAUGAUGCCAACGCAAAGCCAGACCACACCACUGCAAAGCAAAUCCCCCUGGAUCCCGUGGGAGGUGGAGGAGACUUCAAAGAUAAGCCUCAAACAUCAACCUACUUGGAGGUGUUUGAAAAGGCCAGAAAAGCUCACUACCUCCGGCACCGGAUCCCCCCUGAGUCUGAGAGAUUGCUCAGCAUUGGGGAGAUCUUCGGGCACAAGGAAUCCUCACAGUCCAGAGCAGAAAAGGGAUGUGAGAACAGGGUGAACACCUAAGUUACUUCAUCUUUAAUCAUCCACUGUAUCCACACAGUCACAUGUGUCAUAAUCACUUUAGCAACUGUAGCAAACAAUACAAAUAUAUAGAUAUAGAUUUUGUUUUAAACCUUAGUCUUUUUUCCCUUUUAUGGGAGUAUAAUGUUUCACUAAAUGAGCAAUGCUAGGAUGAAAAAUGGAGAGAUGAAUCUUCUGAAGCCAUUUAAAGCAAUAUACACAUAUUGCUAACGUUACCAAAAAUAUGAGUCUACAUGGAUGCCUAGACUUUUCCUGAAAGGUAAAAUAUUAAGGGUCCUGCUUACAUUUGCCACCCUUUUCUUAUAGGAGGUUCUUACGGUGCCACCUGCUGGCAAAACGGUGUGGCUCUUCUGUUUGUUUUAGUUUCACAUGUAAAGGUAAGGAUAGGAGCUCAACUGAAAAUAUGUACAUAAUACAGUCUAUAAAUCAAACUUUCUCUCCCAUACAGUUCUCUGUUCUUUUUUGCAGCACUUUCCUUACUUUUUUUGUAUCCAAAUAGUUCCAUUUUGGUUUUCUCAUUCCCACUUUCAACCUGCUCUUAUCAACCUUUUUGGAUCCUAAUUAAAAAAAAAAAUUAACAACUUAUAAGAAAUGUGCCCCCUCUAACAUUUUCUUCCAAGUAGGAAAACAAUGAGGGAAGGCAGGGCCGGAGCAACAGAACUGACUGAUGAAUACCUGGUUUAUUUACACCGGUCAUGACUGGGCUGCCAGGGUUAGGAACACCAGACGUGGCGAAACUCCUGUGCAAACUUCCAAGCCCUUUAUUGUGUUCUUUCUCCUUGUCUAUCUCCAUUACAAGCACCCUCCACAGGGGUGGAGUUCUCAAAAUGAUUAAUCCCGCUUCUGAAAGGCUCUUUUCUCUGUGCUGACCAUAACUUCAGGACAGGGCCAUUACCAAGGCAGCAAGGACUUAGCCAGAGCCCAGCCCUCUCCGCCACCCCUGUUCCAAGUAAACCUCAGUCUCAUGACUUUGAGAAAUAAGCAUUUUGCAUGUUCUUCCUGGUUACCCUGCUUGUAAAUCUUCAUAUAUCUGAUGGACCUAGAUCUGCUGGUAGAUCUACCUCCAAAAUUUUUUACAUUCUAUUUCAAUUUAGAUUUCAUGAAUUGCAACAAAAUUGUGCAAUUACAAAUCUUCUGCUCAGUUGCUUCGGUUGUAUCCAACUCUUCGCAACCCCAUGGACUGCAGCCCCCUAGGCUCCUCCGUCCAUUUCCUGGGAUUUCCCAGGAAAGAAUACUGGAGUGGGUUGCCUUUUCCUUCUCCAAGGGAUUUUUUCCUUACCCAGGGAUCAAACCCACAUCUUCUUCGUCUCCUGUAUUGCAGGUGGACUGUUUACCACUAGCACCACCAAAUCUUCUACAUACAUUGAUUUUAUUCUUAUCAUUUCACCGGCCUAAUAUAUUUUCCUUCUUCAGAGUGAAGGAUACAAUACUUUUAUUGAUAAAAGUCAACACAACCACAGGGAAGCAGCUGCAGAGGACCUUGUUGUCUAACCCAUUAAAUUCUAUGAAAGUGAAAGUGAGGUCGCUCCGUCGUGUCGGACUCUUUGCAACCCCAUGGACAGUAGCCUGCACCAGGCUCCUCCGUCCAUGGGAUUUUCUAGGCAAGAGUACUGGAGUGGGUUGCCAUUUCCUUCUCCAGGGAAUCUUCCUGACCCAGGGAUCGAACCCAGGUCUCCUGCAUUGUAAUUGUAGACAGACGCUUUACCGUCUGAGCCACUGGAGAAGUCAGAGUAAAUCCUUACUCUUUUCAAACCAUUCUGAGCCCCAGGAUGGCUCUCACCCAAUCAGCUUAAAGUCAUUCAUUCAUUCAUACCAGAGGUCUCACCUAGUGAUAGAUGGGCUCCCAAAAGACAUCUGAAAAUAUCUAGAGAUACUUUGGGGGUUGUCACAAUCCAAAUGAGGGGGUGUUCAAAGACCCCAACCCACAUACCGCUGCAUUAAAUCUUUGUAAAACCCUCUCAGGUAGGAAGUCAAUGAGAUAAUUUCUCCCUUUCUACAGACAAAAAAAACCUGAGGCUCACAAUAACUAAAGUGACUAUCUCUAUACCUGAAUGUGCAUGAGGAACAAAGGCCAGAAUACUGCUCUCCUGUACUAUCCUUCUCUCUCAAAGAGAAGGGGGCAUAAACACAGUGCCCAAAGGCUUACGCCCUCAUUUUCAGCUGCAAAAUAUGCUUCAAACCUGUGAACUACAAUGUUUAACAAUAAAAAUUAGAAAGAGAUGGUAAGGAAAAUUCAUGCUUCCAUUUUAAGGGAACAUGACUUUUUUUUUUUUUACAUACAUUCAUUUAUUCAGAGAUGUAUUGAGGAAAGAUAAUGUCUUCUCCCUUUACUCCCCCAUGAGGAAGUCUAUCUGCUGCUGCUAAGUCACUUCGAUCGUCUCCAGCUCUUCUGUGACCCCAAGGACUAUAUAGCCUGUCAGGCUUUUCUGUCCAUGGGAUUCUCCAGGCAAGAAUACUGGAGUGGGUUGCCAUGCCCUCCUCCAGGAGAUCUUCCCAACCCAGGGGUCGAACCUGAGUCUUAUGUCUCCUGCAUUGACUGUCAGGCUGUUUGCCACUAGCACCACCUGGGAAGCCCAAGGAAGUCUAAAAAUGGUUUAUAAAAUGGGCUUUCACAUCGCUACCUGAAUCCAUCCAGUGGAGAGGGAAUUCACUUUUCACCUGGGAGCUGAGGCAUCCAAGAACUCUCAGAGGUGGUGUCUCAGCCUCUCAUCCAGGGUCCCAAGGUUCUGAAGGCAGCUGAUGGGGAGGGACUCUGAAGGUUCCCACGAUCCUCAGUGUGGGGUACAAUAGGGUAAGUUGCAACCAGUAACACUGGAGGGACUAGCUCCUCUGAAGGAGAGACAGCCCUGAAGGCAAAGCCCAGGGAGUCAUAUUUGAGAGAGUUUUGCCUCGGCACCAAAAGCACUAGGGCAAUGGAAGCCGAGGUCCAGUCUAAACAGAAGCCAACAACCCUGCCUCACCAACAACAGCCAGCACAGCAAGGAACCACUGCCCUAAAGAGGGCAGUCCCAGAUGUGUGGACUGUUCCCAGAGCCAACGCUUUCCCUCACCCCAUCCUCACGGGGCAGAAUUGAGAGAGGGGAGCCUGAGGCAAGCUGCAGUGGAGCAGGAGCUCCACAGGGGUGGAGAAGGAAGGCUUUAGACCACGCAGAGGUUAUAAAUAAUAAUACCUGAAUGUGGUGGAAAGUGUGUCUACCAGAGGAAUCGGGUGGAGAGGGAGGUGGGAGGGGGGAUCGGGAUGGGGAAUACGUGUAACUCUAUGGCUGAUUCAUAUCAAUGUAUGACAAAACCCACUGAAAU